CAGGUUUGGGCGACGCUCAUCACAAGCAUGGUGUUCCUCGCCAUCUUGCUCUCGAUUCCUUUGGCAGGCGGCAGAAGUCGUUUGCGAAUAUUCGCUGACCAGCUCAUUGACCUCAUCGGAAACUUGUUCUUCGAAGCUACACCGGCGCCUCCGGAGGAUUCGUACAGUCGCUGGCUGACCUCCUUUUGGUGGAUCGUGGUCAUGGUGGUCAUGACCGGAUUCACGGGUAUCAUGAAGGCCAGCAUGAUGGUCAAGGACCAAACUGGCCGCAUAAACACCCUCGCGGACGUCAUGGCGCGGCCUGAGAUCCGACCCCUCAUCAUCAGCGGAAGCACUUACGAACGACUCUUCAGCACUUCAACUCGACCUGACUAUCAGCGCCUCUGGAGACAGGUGCAGCGCUGGAAGGCUGUGGCACCGGCCAGCUGGGUCCUGAGCAAACCAGCUUUCGAUUUGCUUUUGGAAGAGAAAGCCAUCUUCUUCUGCGACGACAUCCUGCUCCACUGGACCGUCGCGCGCAUCUAUCCGAACGGCUUCGAGGGAGAGUUCUACAUGGGCACUGACUACUUCCUCAACAACGAGUUCACCAUGUUCGUGCGGCGCACGCUUGACAAGGACCUGAUCAAGAAGAUUCACCUGCGGCUCCGUUGGCUGUGGGAGGCCGGGCUGCCCCAGGACUGGAAGCGCCGCGCCAUGGAGUCGGCGCUGCGUAAAUCGGCAGGCGCGCCGACGACCGUCGUGGCAGCCAUGAAGCUCACCGACGUGGGAGCAAUCUUCUACCUGAUGCUUUUCGGACAGGCGUUCGCAUGCAUUGUCGCCCUGUCCGAAGUGUUUGUCGGCAAGCUGCUGCCGGCUUCGUCGCGUGCCCUUGCGCAGCGGUCGCGGAAAGGGGAAAACACCGGUGGCGGUGGGAAUUCGCUGCCCGUCGCGGUGGUCCAUACGGGACAGCGCCUGUCGGCCUUGGGCGCGUCUUCUCAGGUUACCGUAGCUAUUGACAGACGUCCGAUGAAUUAGAGCCAUUACGUGGCAAUACUCCUGCAAGUAGAGGUGCACUAUAGUGUGGCCAGCUGCACUUAAGGAGCUUCGGAUUUGUCCGUUAAGAUUUCCGCACGAGUUACAGAUAAUUAGACUUGCGCAUGUCACAAUUAAUUAUGCGUCUAAAGAAACUUGCUGCACUGCCACUGCGUAUAUAAACCAGCAUGAGACGGGACGCUGAGCACAAAUGGAACUACUUGUUCGCCAAUUUAUUUAUGACUGUCUUCGCUGCAGUCUGCAAUUAAGGCACCUGAGGGUAUACUUCAACUGGAUAAUAUGUCUUGAACGAUCUUAAUCCUAAAUAAGGUAUCGGUUGCCGCUCCAUUUGUGCACGCAGUUGCUUGCAUACGUCGUGGUUCUUAUUUGAGCUGUUUGCUUUCUUGCCUAGCUCUGAAUCCGGCCAGUUAUAUCGAGCCAGUCAAUUAGGUUUAGCGCCAGCCAUUCGAAUGUUUUCGUGCAAAGCUCAACAAGUCUUUACUUACGUCGAUUGCGAAACUCUUUGUUGGACCCAAGAUUAAGAAAUCAACACGUCGACUACACUGACACUCUGACAUAUAUGCUAUAUAUUUGGUGUGGACCGUGGUAAAAGAUGACUGUGAACGAUACUGAUGCGACGCAAAGACCACAGUGUAUACCUUGAAGGUUGCAUACCUCAUUGCAUGAGGAACGGAAACCACACUAAGCUACAAAUGAAAUAUUUUUUGUUCGAUCCUAAGCAAUUUAUACAAUCCGCAAACCUGGUUGACGAAUUCUGGUGACCUACAACAGAUUAAACGUGAGUGAAAAAAAGAAAGAAAAAAAAAGAAAAAAAAUCUAUUGACCAAUCUUGGAGGGUCACACACGACCUGCAUGGCGCAGCUAAAGCGUCCGACGCGCAGUUUGGUGAUAUGCUCGAGUGUUCCUAUAAGGUAAUCGACAAUAGCACAGCAACCUCAUCUUUACAUAUAAUUGGUAUCAUUUCUUACAGUGAAACGAGAGAUAUGAAUCUAUAACUAAUAAACUUGAAGUGCGAACUGGAAAACAGGGACGACAGUGUCCGUACUGUCACCAUUGUUUGCUCCUUCGCGAUUCAAGUUUAUUAGUUAUGGAAUACAAACUGUAGCCCGCUCACAAAUCCUGCCUAACACGGAUGUGCUUAACUAAGCUGCAACGAGAACCAUGGGAAACGAUUAUCGAUUCGCCGCAUCAUGUUGUACGCAACAUGGUUGAAUUUAGCAAUGUCGGUUGAGGAAGAGAAUCGUGAACGAAUAAAUGGUGCACAAAGGGUGAGCUCCUUUUUUUCCCGUAGACUUGCAGCCGCCUUUCGAUCCUGGUUGGCUGAAAGUAUCGGCAACGCUCGCUACGCUGCCUGGAAUUGUUGAGACGGAAGCCUGUAAUUGCUGGAACAGUCGAAGCUCGUAAAAAGCGACAUUUGAAGAGAUACUUAACUGCGCUCACACACUCCCCGGCAACUCUGUGACAGCAGCACGCACAAUGCAUUUCACGCACCCUACUGCGGCUGUGUCCCCGAUACAGCCUAUACCCAAUAAUUUUCUGCUUCUGCUGAACGCCCGAUUCUUAACAUAAAAUUCGUUGUGGGUUGGAACGAUUCCGAAUUCGCGAUGUUGCAUCCGCACAGCCGUUUGUAGCUCCUUGUAAUGUGCUUAGCUAAAACGAGCAUUAAAACUGCGCAGCGCAGCUCAAGUGUUGAAAGAAAACCUGGCACAUUCGACGCGUGAGGCGCGCUUGUGCCUGAGCGCGUGUGCUAGCGCUGCAUGGAGCUUCGUCGUUGUCCUCUUUGGAGGCGGCACAUCAAAGGCAACAACUGCAACAAGGAAGAAGAACGAGGUGCUGUGUUCUUGGCGGGCUAUGAGACGAAGGCGCCAUAGCUUUUCUUCCUAGGAAGCAGUGUCGCGUCAGUCAAGAAGUGUUUGAAGCUGUCGGCAGAGAAAUCGUCGCAGGAUUUCUUGCCAACGAAGUAACGGAAGGAGCAAAAAUCGUACAAGGAGCAGUUUUUACAAG